CGUCCUAGCAACGGGGCGGAAGGAACCUUCAUUUAACAACAAGCUACUUAUCUCCCACAACACAAAACAACAAUACGUUACCGCUUAUACAGUCUUAAAUUAUAAUAUUUAUGUUUGUUCACUAUAUACUUUUUAAAAACAAUCCAUAUUCUCAAGUUAUCGUGUGAAGCGGGAUGGCUAUCAACAACCCAUCGGUGUUUCUGUUGAUGAUAAACGGACAGAUAGAAGGGGCGAAUUUUCCAGAGUAUGAUGACCUGUACUGUAAAUACUGCUUCGUCUACGGACACGACUGGGCUCCCACCUCGGGUCUAGAGGAGGGUAUAUCUCAGAUUACGUCGAAAGGCAGAGACUCUCCUCAGAGAAUGAUCUGGAAUUUUCCUCUGGAGAUCACCUUUAAGAGCACCAACCCAUUAGGCUGGCCUCAGAUCGUGGUAAGCGUCUACGGUCCUGAUACGUUUGGUAACGAUGUGGUCAGAGGAUACGGAGCAACACACAUCCCCUUCACUCCUGGACAACACACCAGAACCAUCCCAAUGUUUGUUCCUGAAUCCACAUCAAGACUACAGAAAUUCACAAGUUACAUUACAGUAGAAGAAGAAGUAGAAGAAGAAGAAGAAGUAGAAGUAGAAGAAGAAGAAGAAGUAGAAGAAGAAGUAGAAGUAGAAGUAGAAGAAGAAGUAGAAGUAGAAGUAGAAGAAGAAGAAGAAGUAGAAGUUACAGAAGAAGGUGAGAGGGGACGACCAGAAACCCCAAAAUGUACCGUGUUUCAUGAACAAGGUGUUGUGUACGUCUCCUCCUCAGUUACAGAAGAAGAAACCCAAGAAGUAGAAGAAGAAGUAGAAGUUACAGUAGAAGUAGAAGUAGAAGUAGAAGUUACAGUAGAAGAAGAAGUAGAAGAAGAAGUAGAAGAAGAAGUAGAAGUAGAAGUUACAGUAGAAGAAGAAGUUACAGUAGAAGAAGAAGUAGAAGUAGAAGCCGCACAUCAGUAA